CUUCUACUCUUCGCAAGCCCCACCCGACGUCGCUCUCGCACAGCACAGCCCGGCGGCGACGCGUAAACGCGCAGAUCACUCAACAAUGCAGUACCAGCCACCACCGCCCGGCGCGCCGCCGCCGCCGCCGCCGCUAAACGCCUACCCCCACCCCGGCGCAUACCCGCCCCAAGGGGGUUUCUCGCAGUACCCCCCGCCGGUGCAGUACACGCAGCAGCCGACGUUCUGGCAGCGUAAUGGACGCUGGCUCGACGUCUUAUGGAUGGGCAUCGCCGCCGUCUGCGCAAUGCUGUACGCGAUCUCGACCUUCCUCGACCGCAGCAACGACUAUGUCGGCCCAAAGAUCAAGUCGAUGUGGCUCGGCUUCGGCAUCUGCCUCGUGCUGUGCUGUGUCGGCGCGUGUGUCGGCGUGCUGCACGCCGCCACGGGCCGCUCGUACCCCGGCGUGCGGUUCAUGCCGGCCCUCAUGGUGCUCGCGGCGCUGCUGGGCACCGCGACGCUCGUGCUCAACAUUAGCGAGUUAAUCUCCGCGUGUACAGAGCAGGCGGGCGGCGCCGGGCUGACGUUCUACGACGAGAGCUGCGCGUCGCGCUGGCGGCGCAUCACGAUCUGGACUUACAUCGCGAGCGUGGCCAUCGGGCUGUGGACCGCCAUCUUCGUGCACUUCUUCUACCAGACGCGCAAGCUCAAGAAGGGCUCGUCGUUCGCUGCGCGCACCGCGGCGCUGGCGCAGAGCUAUCAGAUGGACCCGGUCGUGCGCCCGCCACCGGGGCCGCAGGGCUACGCCUUUGCGCCUGGCGCGCCCGCGAGUGGGAACGGCAACGGCGGCGACGAGCUGCCGGCGUUCGACCACGCCCGCGCGCGUGAGACGACGGAGAAGGACACGAUGCCGGAGUGGAUGAGGGACGAGGAGCCGCCCCGCGCCCCGGACAACAACAACAAUGCCCGCCGCGAGCCGGGCGGGUAUGCUUUAUAG